CAAGCUUUAGCGUUGUUUACCAUCAAACAUGGUUAAAUCCUCGGCAGAGCAGAAGCCCCCAAACUGCUUACAGAAGAAAACACAAGAGUUCAAGGGAGUGAGAAUGAGAAAAUGGGGGAAAUGGGUUUCCGAAGUGAGAGUGCCCAAUUCCACAGCCAGAAUUUGGUUGGGAUCUUAUGAUACCCCUCAACAGGCCGCUCGGGCUUAUGACUGUGCUGUGUAUUGCCUCAGAGGAUGCAAAGCAAAGUUUAAUUUUCCCGAUUCUCUGCCGGAAAUUCCAUCGGCCUCGUCAUUAUCUCCCGCACAAAUUCAAGCUGUUGCGGCCAAGUUCGCCAGGGAAGAAAUCAGGCAGGCGCCGGAUAAGUGCUCUGCAUUUUGUGCUCCCGACUCGGUGUGUUUUACGGGCAGCCUUACGAUUUUAGAGGAGCAGGAAUGGAUGCAGUUGUUUGAGUCCCUUCUUGAGGAUAUUGAGAGAAACCCGUCUCUAAAGUUUGAGGAUUUUCCUAUGACUCAGAAUGUUGGUUUUCUUCCGCUAGAGGAAGAACAGAGGGGAAGUUUUCCAGCUGACGGAAAACCCGAACACAAAUUUGAAAGUCAUGUCCAGUGACCAGGAGCAAGGACUUUCUAUAACUGCUCCUGAACACUGCAAUUCUUUAUUCCUUUUAUAUAGUUCUUAGAUUAUCAUACAACUAUUAUUUAAUGUGGAAUAGUGUAGAGAUGCAUUUAUAGGAA